AUGCAGCGGACGGAAGAUGGCGGCGAUGCGGAUCAACGGCGUCCGGAAUGGGAUGUAAUGAAUGAUUUCUCUCUUCGUUCUUUCAAUCCUAAUCUACCCUUCGAUUCUACCCAAUCCAACGAUCCGUACGAAAUUGCAAGAUAUUUGAAUGAACUAGUGAAAGAAUUGCGUACGUUGGAUACUCUCAAAUUUACUCGUCCCAACAAGCUUAAUCAUACUUAUGCUCUUCUUGCAAACGAAAUCGAUCGCAUUUGGACCGUUAUCUAUAUGCGUGCGCUACGUGGCGAGCAAGUAAAUAAUUCGCAACAAAUUGUGCCAGAAGGGUCUUAUAUCACGAUCCAGGAGAAAGUUAUGAUUCCCCAACGCCCAAAUUCCAAAUUUAUUGGACGCAUUCUUGGACCACGAGGAAUUUCGGUGAAACAACUUGAAGCUCAAACCCACUGUCGUAUUCUCAUUCGUGGAAAAGGUUCCAUUAAAGAUGCUCGUCGUGAGGCUCGUCUGCGCAAUCGUCCGGGUUGGGAACACCUCGCGGAGCCUCUCCACGUGCUCAUUACCGCUACAGACUUUUCACAUGAACGCUGCGUGCAGAAAUUGGCAGUUGGUGUGCACUGUAUUAAGGUAUUGCUUAGCACCAACGACGAUGAGCAUAAACGUCGUCAGCUUGUCCAACUUGCGAUUAUUAAUGGUACUUAUCGCCCAACGCACGCAGAUUAUCGAGGUUGA